AUGGUCUCCUCUCCUCCCUCACCCACAACGACCGGAGCAAUGUCCGCUAUCCACGGCAACAACAACAACAGCAGCAAUAGCAGCAGCAGCAACAGCGGCGGCGGCCCCCCGCCGAUCCUCAAGUCCUCACCCCCCGUUCGCAUCCUCCCCUCGCAGCUCGCGCGCAUUUAUUCCUUCGCCCACCCCGCGGCCGUUCUCUUGGGAUUCGCCGUCCGCUUCCCCCAACUCGUCAACGAUCCCGUGUCGGAGAUGUUAAACGCGCUUCCGUUCCUGGCCGCCAGUCAGGUCGUGUUUGCGAUCAUCUGUCUCCCACCGGCGGGCGGGUCGCUUGACAACACCCUGGGCAACAGCUCCUCCGGUGCGACCCCUUCCGGAACAAGCUCCAGCUCGAGCAACAUCAUUCUCCGUCCGGGACGGCCUGCGCGUCGCAAGGGCGGUGGUGGUGGAAGCGGCGGCGCGGGCGCGGGCGUAGGGGGUGGGGUGCUGGGUGGAUUGGGAGGGAAGGUUAUUCCUUCACUCCUCGCCCUCAUCCUGACGGCCCUCCUGGCCACCCCGGUUCUGGCCAUCCUCCUCGUUCUCUUCGGCGCCCCGUUCACCACGCAUCAUGCCCAGACGGCGCUCUGUGCGGCGCAUAUGGCUCUCCUGGCGGCCGUGCCCUUGGUUUACGUGCAUGGGGUUGAUGGGGCGGUCUGGAGGGAGGUCUGGGGCGCCGGUCGGCCGGCUGAUGCCGUGUGGGGGGCGGCGUUGGGGACUUGCGUUGGGGCUUGGUUGGGCGCGGUGCCUAUUCCAUUAGACUGGGACCGUCCGUGGCAAGCCUUCCCCAUCACCAUUCUGGCAGGCGCGUACUUGGGAUUCGCGGCGGGGACUCUUCUCGGCCGCACCAAGUGGGUGUACGGCAAGCGCCUGCGGUUCGCCGAGGAGGGCGAACUCGCGGACAAGAAAAGGGAAUAA